AUGCCCAACCAGGUGGUGCCAGGGGCGGGCCCCGCUCCCAGGUCUCAUGCAUCCCCCGCCCCGGGACCUUCUGUGCCUUAUCACGGGGAGGCAGGGCCUCGCCCACACCAAACCUGUGGACGCCGACCCGGGACCGCCGCUGGCUGGCUGCUGGCUCACUCGACCGUCAUGGAGACCCUGGGGGCCCUUCUGGUGCUGGAGUUUCUGCUCCUCUCCCCGGUGGAGGCCCAGCAGGCCACGGAGCAUCGCCUGAAGCCGUGGCUGGUGGGCCUGGCUGCGGUAGUCGGCUUCCUGUUCAUCGUCUAUUUGGUCUUGCUGGCCAACCGCCUCUGGUGUUCCAAGGCCAGGGCUGAGGACGAGGAGGAGACCACGUUCAGAAUGGAGUCCAACCUAUAUCAGGACCAGAGUGAAGACAAGAGAGAGAAGAAAGAGGCCAAGGAGAAAGAAGAGAAGAGGAAGAAGGAGAAAAAGACAGCAAAGGAAGGAGAGAGCAACUUGGGACUGGAUCUGGAGGAAAAAGAGCCCGGAGACCAUGAGAGAGCAAAGAGCACAGUCAUGUGAAGAUUCCUGGCUGCCUCUUCCAGGCAGUCCCCCAGAGAUGCCUCUUCUGCCCCCUAAAAGCAGUGCCCUGGACUUGAAGCCCGUGAAAUGACUCCAUCUGGGAUUCAGAAUACAGUGUUCUCAAGUGAAGAAGGCUUGGAACCCACCCCACCUCCCUCAUUGGGGGCUCUCUGGGCAAACAUGGUUUUCAUGCACCCCUCUUCCUGAGCUUGGUCCCUGCCUGGUGAUUCUUCUUAUACUCGGAGAGCAUCCCUGGUUGAGGAGACACCCGCAAUCCUCCACGAUCUCAUGGCUCCACCUGCUUCUCCCCACUGCCUGAUUUCUUUUCUCUCUGCCUGAUGUCUACUGAACAGAACUUCCCCUCUCCCAUGCACCCACUGCCAGCUGAGAGCUGCUUCCCAAUGGCCUGCAUUAAAGCAUUCGUAACAGCCCUUU